UCGCGGGGUUCCUCAAACCCUCGCAGGUCUGAAGGGUCUUGUCAUCGCCGUGGGAGGGGAAAGAGGGAAGACGGCGACGAUGAGCGGUGCCGGGGCUCCGGACUUCUUCUACAGAGAGGCUCAGCGCCUCGGCUAUGUCGCUCGAUCAGCAUUCAAGCUUCUACAGAUGCAGAAGCAGCAUAAACUGAUAACUCCGGGGGCUUCGGUUCUGGAUCUUGGAUGCGCUCCCGGUGCUUGGCUUCAGGUGGCAUGCCAGAGCUUGGGUGCCCUGGAAAAGGGUGGGGCGGUCGUGGGUAUUGAUCUGAAGAAAAUGAAGGCUCCCUCUUCUCAUUGUGAUUCUCGGGUCAGAACAGUUUGUGCGGAUGUAAUGAGCCUGUUGAAGGAGCAAGUGAGAGCAAUGUCUCCUCAGGAAAGGGGAUUUUCGGUGAUAUUAUCAGAUAUGUGUCCAACAGUUUCUGGGAUCACAGCAAAAGAUACUGCUCUAUCCUGUCAGCUUGGCAUGCGCGCGCUCUCAUUGGCUGUUGGUAAGGUACCUUUACCUUGCUCAGCUGGUGAUUCCAAUACAGAGUUACACCUCAACAGCACAGGUCUCGAUGCAAACGAAGAUGGUGUUCUUCGACGAGGGGGCAACCUUGUGAUUAAACUUCUCGAGAGUGAAGAAAAUGCAGGAUUCAUGAAAUUUUGCAAACUGCGUUUCACAAAAGUGUCAUGGUUAAGGCCCAAGGCGACCAGAUCUUGCUCAAGAGAGAUAUACUUGAUAUGUCAAGGUCUUCGAUAGCUUGGACUACACAUGACUGAGAAAACUGUAUUAUUUUAUCAUGACAACCGAACACAAUGGUGGGAUGCAACUUCUUGACAUCUGGUUUUACAUUGUUGUAAAGUUGGAAGUGAAAUGGUGUGAGUUGGAAUCCUCCACAUGAACAUGAAGUUUUGAUGGGAAAUUUGUGUGAGAUUUAGGCAGCAAAGUAUUUAUGACUAAAUAAUUCCGAAUUAGAAGAAUUUUUUAUAGAAAACCUUGAUGUUUAUGAUUGUCAA